AUGAGCGGCUCAGAUGCGGGGCUGGAGGAGGAGCCAGAGCUCAGCAUCACCCUCACACUGCGGAUGCUGAUGCAUGGGAAAGAAGUGGGCAGCAUAAUUGGGAAGAAAGGAGAGACUGUAAAGCGAAUCCGGGAACAGAGCAGCGCCCGGAUCACCAUCUCUGAGGGCUCCUGCCCUGAGCGCAUCACUACCAUCACCGGAUCUACAGCAGCCGUCUUCCAUGCAGUCUCCAUGAUUGCCUUCAAGCUGGACGAGGACCUCUGCACUGCUCCUGCAAACGGGGGGAAUGUCUCCAGACCUCCAGUGACCCUGCGCCUUGUCAUCCCUGCAAGCCAGUGUGGCUCACUGAUUGGGAAGGCUGGCACCAAGAUCAAGGAGAUCCGAGAGACUACAGGUGCCCAGGUGCAGGUGGCAGGGGACCUGCUCCCCAACUCCACAGAGCGUGCUGUCACCGUCUCUGGGGUGCCUGAUGCCAUCAUCUUGUGUGUGCGCCAGAUCUGUGCUGUCAUCCUGGAGUCCCCGCCCAAAGGAGCCACUAUCCCAUAUCAUCCAAGCCUCUCCUUAGGUACUGUCCUUCUCUCCGCCAACCAGGGCUUCUCCGUCCAGGGUCAGUAUGGGGCUGUGACCUCAGCUGAGGUCACCAAGCUCCAGCAGCUCUCGGGCCACGCAGUCCCCUUUGCCUCACCCAGCAUGGUGCCAGGACUGGAUCCUGGCACACAGACCAGCUCACAGGAGUUCUUGGUUCCCAACGACCUGAUUGGUUGCGUGAUUGGGCGCCAGGGCAGCAAGAUCAGCGAGAUCCGGCAGAUGUCAGGGGCACAUAUCAAGAUCGGGAACCAAGCAGAGGGCGCUGGUGAGCGGCACGUGACCAUCACUGGUUCACCAGUGUCCAUCGCCCUGGCCCAGUACCUCAUCACUGCCUGUCUAGAAACGGCCAAGUCUACCUCUGGGGGGACACCCGGCUCGGCCCCCACAGACCUGCCUGCCCCCUUCUCGCCACCCCUGACGGCCCUGCCCACCGCUCCCCCAGGCCUGCUGGGCACGCCCUAUGCCAUCUCCCUCUCCAACUUCAUCGGCCUCAAGCCUGUACCCUUCUUGGCUCUACCACCUGCCUCCCCAGGGCCGCCGCCGGGCUUGGCGGCCUACACUGCCAAGAUGGCAGCGGCCAAUGGGAGCAAGAAAGCUGAGCGGCAGAAAUUCUCCCCCUACUGA